AUGGUGCUACCUAUAGUAGGAGGAUUGGGAGUAACUAUAAUUGCAUUAACAGUAAAAGCAUCAAUCAAGUCAUAUAAGCAAUAUAUCAAUUUGACUCCACAAAUGAUUGCUAGUUUGAAUGGCAUUAAAUUAACUCAUACCAAUGAUCAUUUACUGAAGAUUAGUAAACUGGAUCCAAGGUAUAGGCAUUAUAAGUUCCUCCGACUGAAAUAUCCUAAUAGGAACUUUUUAAGCCCCAUGACUGAACAAGAGGCAUUAUUCAUAUUGGGGAUCGAGGGAGAUGAUAUUUUGAACGUUAACAAGGCGAUGAUACGAGAUCGAUACAGAAAAUUGAUGAUAUUAAACCAUCCCGAUAAGAAUGGUAGUGUAUACUUGAGUCAGAAGAUUAAUGAAGCUAAGGAUGUAUUGGAUAAGAGCUAUAUGGUGAAUAAGUGA